UGAAUUACAGGAGCAAAGUGAGAUCUAAAUGAAGCUCCAAGAGAGGUAGCUAAAAAUAAGUCUCCUUUCAAUUAAUGAAUUUCGUGUUAUAAAAGUGGAUGACCCAUAUGAAGAAAUAGGCAGAGUCCCACCGCUUCAUGCCGCCUACAAUGUUGAAUGUGUGUUGCCUACUUUUACAUUUCUUGGCCUUAGUCGGGAACAAUAUGGUUUCUUAUAUAAAGGCCUAUUAGCUCACAAAUGUUACAAAGAAGAAAACAUACAAUCUCUUGUUUCAUUGCUUUGUAAUUUCAGUUUGAUAAUGAAAGAUAUACUGUUACUGCCUUGAGGACAUAAGCACACUUGUCAAACCUCAUAAACAUUAUGUGUUAUUUACUUUAUGUUUUACUGCACACAAUUUCACCGCAUUUUGUACUUUUCUCAUGUUAUAAGCGUCACUUUUCGAUUUGUGAGCAGAUGCUUUUCAUCUUCUCUUUCUGUUCACUUGACCUGAUCUGAUGCGAUUGGUUCAAUGUUCUUCCUUGCUUCUCAUAGCCCAGCAUGACAUACAUACAAUAAGUAGAUGAGAAUCCUAUUGACCAACAUUCUAGGUUUUUUUUUUUUUUUUUAAAUUUGAGCAGGAAUUGUGGUUUUUUACGCACUCUAUUAGAAGUGGGUAUACCUACUAACCAACUAACCCCAGAGCGUCGUUCAUUACAAUCAUUAAUUAACGAUAAGUAUUUUUAAUAUUCUUUUUUCUGCCACCUUUGUCAAAUAUUAGAUAUGUAUCAUGCUAUUUGAAGCUAGAAAACCUGAUGCAUGAAACCCCUAAGCACUGCGUCAACAAGUUAAUAAUUAAACUAAAUGCAAUCAUCCACCAUACGACAGUUAAUGAACAAAAAAAUAAAUAAAAAAAAAGGGACCCAGUCAAAGGUCAAUUUUUAGGCCACAAAAUUUGAACGUACCUCCAAACUUGGUGGAGUGUGCAUGUAAAUAUUAAGAAGACCAGCAUAAUUUCCGGUGCUAAAACAAAACGAUUACCUCUGUCUUUUCCUAACCAUUCAAUCACAUGCCAAGAAUAUCACUGCUUCCCUCCACCUCCCUUCCCUUCGCCUUUAUAAGCAGCCUUGGGCAAAGCCAAGUUACUCGACUUCAUCCAUGGCUCCAUCUCUUCUCUCCCCCACGGCCUUGGGCUACUGCUUUCUUCUCUUCUCCCUCAUUCUCUCUUCGUUUCCAGCUCUUUCAUUCGCCCUAACUAAUGCUGAAGCUGCUCACAUAGCCCACCGCCAACUCACUUCUCUCCCGGAGAAUGGUGACCUCCCAGACAACUACGAGGUUCAAGUCGACGCCAAGCUUAAAUUUGAAAACGAUAGGCUCAAGAGGGCUUAUGUCGCUCUCCAGGCGCAGAAGAGAGCUAUUUUUUCCGACCCUUUUAACUUCACCGCUAACUGGGUAGGGGAGAAUGUUUGUGCCUACAAAGGGGUGUUCUGUGCUCCGGCGCUCGACAACCCGAGCUUGAACGUGGUGGCCGGCAUAGAUCUCAACCAUGCAGACAUUGCAGGACAUCUCGUUGUCGAAAUGGGGCUCCUUACCGACCUCGCUCUCUUCCACAUCAACUCCAACAGAUUUUGUGGUAUCGUCCCAGAGAGCUGCAGAAGGUUGACGCUUAUGUACGAGUUCGACAUCAGCAACAACCGAUUCGUUGGUCGUUUUCCUGGAGUCGUCCUGAGAUGGCCUAAUUGCAAGUACCUUGACCUCAGGUUCAAUGGCUUCGAAGGUGAGCUACCUCCAGAGCUUUUCACCAAGGAGUUUGAUGCCAUUUUCUUGAACCACAACAGAUUCACGUCAGUGAUUCCAGAGACGAUUGGAAACUCCAAGGUUUCUGUUGUUUCAUUUGCGUUUAACAAUUUCAGUGGUUGCAUCCCGCACAGCGUUGGGAACAUGUGCAAUGUGAACGAGCUGAUCUUCAUGAACAAUCAGCUUGGCGGGUGCUUCCCUCCUGAGAUUGGAAACCUUGGAAAAUUGCAAGUUUUUGAGGUGAGCUACAAUGGAUUUAUAGGUUCUUUACCAAAAAGCUUUGUCGGGCUACAGAGCAUUGAGGAAUUGGAUAUUGGGUACAACAGGUUGACAGGGUUUGUGACUGAUAAGAUUUGCACGUUGCCUAAGAUGGCCAAUUUCACAUUUGCUUACAACUAUUUUAGUGGGGAGGCUCAAAAAUGUAUGCCUAAUCCUAAAUCGAAGAUAGUGUUGGAUGAUUCAGGCAACUGCAUGCCAGGAAGACCCAAGCAAAAGAACACAAAGACUUGUUUCCCUGUGGUAACUAAGCCCGUGGAUUGCAGCAAGAAUUGUGGUGGAUCUUCUACACCAGAAAAGCCUAAGACACCAAAGCCUCAACAACCUCCAACGCCAAAGGCUGAACGACCACCUACACCAAAGUCUGAGCCACCACCAACGCCAAAGGCUAAACCGCCAUCCACGCCUAAAGCUGAGCCACCACCCACGCCUAAGGUCGAGCUGCCACCAACACCAAAGGCUGAGCCACCACCAACUCCAAAGGUUGAGCCGCCACCCACACCAAAAGCUGAACCGCCACCUACUCCAAAGGCUGAACCGCCACCCACUCCGAAGGCUGAGUUGCCACCCACACCAAAGGCGGAGCCCCCACACACCCCGAAGGUCGAGCCACCACCCACUCCCAAGGUCGAGCCACCAGCCACACCUAAGGCCGAGCCACCACCCACUCCAAAGGCAGAGCCACCACCUACGCCUAAGGCUAAACCGCCACCCAAACCAAAAGCUGAGACACCACCAACUCCAAAGGCAAAGCCACCAUCGACACCUAAGGUCGAGCCACCACCAACUCCAAAGGCUGAGCCACCACCAACUCCAAAGGCCGAGCCACCACCGACUCCAAAGGCAGAGCCACCACCUGCACCCAAGGCGGAGCCACCUCCCACACCCAAGGUUGAGCCACCACCUGCACCUAAAGUCGAGCCACCACUCAUACCAAAGGCUGAGCCACCAUCUACACCAAAGGCCGAGCCACCUUCCACACCCAAGGUUGAGCUACCACCAGCACCAAAGGCCGAACCACCUCCGGUGCCUAAGGCCGAACCACCCCCCUCACCAAAGGCAGAGCCACCUCCCAUGCCAAAGGUAGAGCCACCUUCCACACCUAAAGUUGAGCCACCUCCAACACCAAAGGCUGAACCACCUCCAACACCAGAGGCCGAGCCACCCCAAACACCAGAAGCUGAACCACCCCAAGCACCUGAGGUCGAACCACCGCAAACACCUAAGGCCGAGCCACCUCCUGCACCAAAGGUUGAGCCUCCUCCUACACCUAAAGUUGAGCCACCUCCAACACCAAAGCCCAAUUGGUCGUAG